GGAAGAAUCAGGUUUGCUGGCAGUGAGUCCAUCUCAUCACUGCCGAUUCGCAUACCUGUAAGAGAAAAAUGUUAACAAUUUUGACUUUGCUCUGUAUCGGCGGCGGUGCGCUGGCUGCUGAAAGCGAUAAGUACACAACAAAAUACGACAACGUGGACGUGGAUGCAGUCAUUCGCAACGAACGUCUGACUAAAAACUACGUCGGUUGUCUCCUUGACCUCACGCCCUGCACGCCAGACGGUUCUGAGCUCAAAACCUGUAGCCAUGUUUCAGAAAAUCUUCCUGACGCUUUGGCAACGGAUUGUGCGGGAUGCAGCGUGGCGCAAAAGAAAGCAGCGGACAAAUUCUCGCAACAUCUGAUCGACGAAAAGCCAGAAGACUGGAAACUCCUCGAGACAAAGUACGAUCCUACGGGUGCCUACCGGCUUCGCUAUCUCGAAGAACAGUCCAAGAAUGAUACUGAAGCUGAACAUUAACAUGUUCUGUUAUCAUUUGAGGACCAGCUGUUGGGUGCUGGAACUUCCUUCUACCAUCUUAUCGAUCAAUGAAAUUGAAACUCGGAUACGAAUCAGCGCCGGAAGCAGUAAAGAGUAACAAUAGGGUGAGGGAUGACAGUUUGGCAGAGGGUCGCGCCUGAUAGAGUAGAUAGAUAUGGGUAAAAUUUAUAUGCAUGUCAUGACAAGGUAUCACAUAUCGCUGAGGUUGCAAAAGCAUACUCUGCAUAAAAAUCUGCUGCUGGUUCAUGAGAUUAAGAAACGAGUGUCAUAAAACAUAAACUAUAAACUUAUACGAUUUGGUUUCAAUUGCGCACUAUCUGUAUGUAAAAUUUCCGAAUUCAUUCCAAAAAAGUUCUACACAAGUUUACAUCGGCCAAUUUCAACACUCAAUUUGUUACAGUGUAUAUAAUAUAAUGCGAAUGCAGCAUACGAGCUUUCGAAUCACGCAAUGGUUUUCUUUGGCUGUGUUCACAUGAAAUUGUACUCAAUAUUAAAACCUGUGAAAUUUGUUUUAUAAUACAAAAAAAUCUAAGUAUACAUACCCAAAUUAGUCUUACUGUUGUAAAUAUUUUCGCAGACAAAACCUGUUGUUAACGAAACACGCAAAAAGUAAAAAAACAUUAAAAAAUCGAAUAUUAUUCAAUACUUGAGAAACCUGUAAUAAUAAGCGCGUAAUCAAGACUUUAUUGCUGAUUUGAGAGUUCAGUUAAAUUUUCACGAAUUUCAUGCGAUGAUAAUAACUUAUUAUUAUUAUUGUUAUUAUUAUUAUUACUUUUAUUUCACUUCAUGUAUAAGUGAUCACGCCUUUUGAUUCAUAUGAGGGUGUUCCUGCAUGUUUCUAGUGAAAAGUAAUGAAAUAGUUUUCAUUCUGUCAAAUACUCGGAAUCGAAUUAAUUCUUUCAGUAUAAGACUCGAUCUAUGGCAUAGAAAUUGUCGCCAUUUUUCUGGCUCUGCUCUCCACGAUCAGCUAUAGGUUA